AUGUUUAGAUUUAUGAGUGUUAUACAUAAUGAUUUAUGUUCUCCAGGUGGUUCAGAAUAUGGCGAUGGUGAUCAUUAUGAUGAAACAUCUGCUAUAUCUGCUCGUAGAGGUAGAAAAAGAGCUAUUAAGCAUAUGAGUUUGGGUUUUUCUGAUGAUGAUUAUGUUACUUCAAUAAAAAGUAAUAAGAAUGUUAAUCGUAGAGGUAGACCUCCAAAACCAAAGGGUCUUUCAUUGCAUAUUUCAGAAGCACCAAAAGAUGUAUUAUGGAGUGAAAAAGAAAUUGUUAAUGAUGAAGUUGUAUUAGAUGAAAUUGAUCCCUCUGGGGAAAAAAAAGUUGAUCAAUUUGGUAUUUUGGCAGGCGAAAGGGAAUAUCGAUGCAGGACAUUUACUCUUUUUGGGCGUGGUAGCCGUUUGUAUAUGCUUUCGACUGAGCCAGCUCAUGCUAUGGGGUACCGUGAUCCAUAUCUUUUUUUUUUAAAGCAUACAUCCUUAUAUAAUGUUAUAAUUAAUGAGGAUGAGAAGUCGGAUUUAAUAGAAAGGGGCAUUAUUCCUGAGUCAUAUAAAGGGCGUGCUGUUGGUGUAGUUACUGCAAGAUCUAUUUUCCGUGAAUUUGGUGCCCGUAUUAUAAUUAGAGGAAAAUGGGUUGUAGAUGAUUAUUGGGAAGCUUCUAGCAUUUCUAAAGGCUAUAAAUGUUCUGAUUUUGCGAAUCCUGAUGAUAAAGCAUUGUUUGAAGGUCUAGAAUAUGAUAAAAAUCAACAUGUAGCUUGGCUUGGUGCAAGCUCAAUUUAUCAAUAUCAUCCGGAGUUUGAAUCAGAGAUAUAUAGAAAGAAAAAAAAGGUUGUUAUUACUGAUGAAAAUUGGAUGUUAGAGCAUGCUCGAUCUGCUAGUCGAUAUAAUAGUUUUUUAACAAUUCAAAGAAGAGAAAAAUGGGCAUUUGGUGUUUAUGAGCCUCAUACAAAUACUCAUCUUCGAUUUGCUACUUCUCAACCUACUUCAGUAAAAUGGCAAAGUAAAAUAGGAAAUGAAGUUAGCUCUGAUUCAAAAGUAGUUUUUGAAACUCUUAUGGAAAUAAAACCAGUUUCUGGUUCAUGCGUACAUUUAAGUGAUAUUCCAAAAGAUGUAUACAGGGUUUGUUCCUCUGAAAUACUACGAGCAAUUAAAGAAAGACAAAAAGAGGAAGAAAAUUAUGAACAUUGGAAAAUUGGUGAAUGUGUUUAA